AUGGGUGCAUGGUUCGACUGUUCAAAUCUCUACGAUCUUGCCACCCUCCAACUAAACAACACUCUAUACGUCUCCAACAAUCACACAGAUUCCGAUACACAAUCAUGGCUUAGCGCAGCCUCCACGAAUAUUCUCAUUUGUGAAAGAGAAAUUUCUCAGAUUAUCAAUCACAUUACUCCUCUAUCGAGAAACAACAUAACGGCUCUAAUAAGGAAUUCACUUACCAUUAACCAUGAAUGGUCGGAACAGGCGGUUGAUCACAAUAUCCGACAACAUAUUCCUAACAAGUUGGUUCUUGGAAACGAAAAGAAGUCGACAAAAUGGACGUCAAUAUUUUCGAAGGUAGAUAUUGUAGUGGCCAAGGACGGAACUGGUAACUAUAAAACCAUACAAGAGGCUAUCACUACUUUGAGAAGAUGGAAACGGAAGGAUGACAUGAAAUAUGUCAUUUCUAUUAAAUCGGGAGUGUAUCAUGAGAAUAUUUUAAUCCCUAAGAAUCUUAAUAACGUCGUAAUGGUUGGAGACGGCAUAAAAAAAACUAUAAUUACUGGUGAACGCAGUGAACCAAAAGGUUUUAGUCUCAUCGGAUCUGCAACUUUCGCCGUACAAGGCUCGGGAUUCAUUGCGCAGGGCAUAACCUUUAGGAACACAGCUGGUCCGAAGGGUGGACAAGGAGUGGCAAUGGCUUCCUUUUCGGAUCACUCUGUUUUCUACCGAUGCAGCUUUGAAGGAUACCAAGAUACCCUUUAUGCAGCUUCCGGUAGACAAUUAUAUCGCGAAUGUUUCAUAAUAGGGACUGUGGAUUUCAUUUUUGGAAAUGCAGCAGCCGUGUUUCAAAAAUGUACCAUAAAGACAAUGAACCGAGCCUUAGCUGUGAUAACUGCUCAAAGUAGGGAGUUUACAUAUGAGAACACGGGUUUCUCGUUUCAAUACUCGUUGAUAAUCCCCUCAAACAACACAUUUUUGGGACGACCUUGGAGGAAUCAUGCUCGAGUUGCGUUUCUUCAGUCAUUUUUCAACAAACAAAUCAAUCCAGCAGGCUGGUUAAAAUUCGCCGGAUCUUCGGAUGUGAACAAUUUGUGUUAUAGAGAGUAUAAAAAUUUCGGCCCUGGAUCUUCAACUCGGAAAAGAGUAAAUUGGAAAAGCUAUAGGGUCAUGGGUGACAUAGAGGCUCAACAAUACACUGUUCCAAAGCUCAUAGAUGGUUGGUCAUGGCUUCCAGAUACCCUGGUGUUCGAAUGA